UGCAUCCACGCACACCCAAUACGGCGUCGCCCGACGGACGCGGCUACUCACCACCGCUGGAGAACUAUGCCGGUGUCUAUGAUUCACCGCGGACACGCAGUCCCGCCGGCAGCACGGGAGGCGGUCUAUUUGCACGCUCGACGCGGGAGGAACGCGAGCGAGCGCUUAAUGCGCGCUCCCGCAGUGCAGAUCAUUGGGAUGAGAUGGGGGCGGGCGGGUCGGCGGGUGCGGCGGGUGCGACUGCAGGGGCUCCAGCGAGCGCUGGUGGCGGUGCGCACUCCAAAGGUGACAGAUUCUUUGGCAAAAUCUUCAAGUGGUCCAAAAAAUCGUAGUUUCUUCGGGUGGAGGGGGCCACGGGGUGGUUCCCUUAGCCCACAGGGCAGCAUGGCGUCCUAUAAUGGUGUACUCAAGGAUUACAGUCACAGCAGUUUGAAUGAGGCUUUCAAAUCCCAAAACAAUGUCAACUUUAAGCUAAUUAAAACAGUAUCCGAUUUCAACGAAUCACUUUCCCAAUUGUAUGAGGAACAUGCAACUGCCGUUCAAACUCUAGUGUCCAAUUACCGCAAGAAGAAUGCCGAGCUGCGCAAGGAAAGACCCGCCUGCCACCUGGCCAUCUUCCAGGCAUGGGAGACAUUCCUGCAAGAAGCGGAAACCGACUCACAGGCCUGCAACGAGGUGGCCAGCGUCCUCUCCCGCCAGGUGUCACGACCAAUGUUGGAUAAGUCCUUUCAUCGCAAAGUUCAAAGUCGCAAAAUCUUUACACACAGGGAGUCUUUUGAGACUAUAAUCGCAAAGACUGAAGAGAAGCUGUCAAAGUGCCGCCUGGACUACAAACAAUGCCAUGUGGCACAUCGCCAGAAUCCCAGCCAGCACUCGCUCACCGAAUAUAUUGAUGCGCACAAUGCGUACGUGCAGCAGCUGCAUGCCACCAAUGGGAUGCUGGAGGCAUAUCACGGCGACACGCUGCCCCAACUGAUGCAGGAACUGGAGGAAAUACACAACGACCUAUGCAACAUUGUGUCCGAUUCGCUGCAGCAGGGCGCCGAUGUAAUUGCCAACAAGGCCACGGAGCAGGCGAGACGAUACGGCUGCCUGGCCAGCCAAUGUAGCGCCGUGUCCCCGCAACAGGAUCUGGCCAACUUUGUGCGACUCCUCGCACAGCCAUCGCAGGCGCAGAAGGUGCCCAGACGCGUCUUUGCCCCACCGCAGGCACAGCAGCCGGGCGAGGCGGCCGAGGAGACGGGCGAUUAUAGUGAGAUGACGCCCCUUUUGCGCAACGAGCUCGUCUUUGACCGCCACUCGACGCUGUCGCAGCGUUCGGCUGUGGAGUCGCUUAAGCGUGAGGCCAUCGAAUUGGAAUUGCAAAUACGCCAGCUGCAGGACUCCAUUGAUGCACUGAAUCGCACACAGACACGAGGCAUUGAGGGCCAGUUGUAUAACAAGGUUAACGAGUUGCAGGAGGAUUUGUCCAUGAAGAAGUUUGAUUUGCGCGCCAAGCAAAUACAUCUGGCUGCCAUACGUGCACAGAAGGAGUUAUUCGUUAGCAAAGUUGAGCCAACUUCGCCGCGCAACGAACGCAAAUUCUCGGCUGCCACAGCGCCAUCGAUGAAAACAAAGUGGCUGAAAGCAUUUAAGAGCCUAAAGCCGGUGGGUUCUGGUUCAGCAACACAAGCAGAUAGGCGUAAUGGUGCCUCGAAUGCCCCAUCGGAGUCGCUGCGCCCCAAUCUGGAUGGCAGCCAUCACCUGCAGGAGUACACGUACAAGAAGAUAACGGCUUGUGAUGUCUGCUCGCAAAUUUUGAGAGGCCACACACGUCAGGGCCUGCGUUGUCGCAUUUGCAAGCUGAACGCCCAUGGAGACUGUGCUCCAAAUUUGCCCCGCUGCCAGCCGAAACAGAAGCUUUUGCGUCGCCAGAAGAGCACCUCGGAGCUGGAGAAUCGUGUUGAUAUCGAGGAAGAAACCGUCGACAAGACCGUUCACGUGCCGAGCAAAACGUUGGACGGCAGCGCUGGAGCUGCACUUGGAGUUGGAAUUGGAGCGAGCGCUCCGAGCACAGCAUUGCCACAGCAACCGAUGGCCAUCGCCAUCGAACGGCUGCCCGUCGCCCCCGACAUACCCAUCGUCAAUGUGCCAGAGCCUGUCGUGCAGGAGCCAACGCAUCAGCAGCAACAGCAGCAGCAGCAGCAACAGCAGCAGCAACAGCAGCAGCAAUCACACCACCAGCGCAGCCUGGCAUCGGUGGCGCAGGCGGCUGCGGUGCGUGCCGGCCGCGGGGUGCGCCCCCCACCGGUGGCCAUGCCCAUUUUGGGCGUGCAGCUGCAACAACAGGAGCUGCAGCAACAGCGCGGCGGCCUGCCGGUGCCCCCACAAGAUAUCUCUAGUAGUUCAGCACCGCACUCACCGCGCCGCCAAAAGUUGAACUUACGCAUGAAAUCAUUGAGUUUGGACUCACCCGAAUCCUCGGAGCUGCACGGUCAGUUUAGGCGGCGCCAGCAUCUGCCGGCAACGGCCGCGUCCACAUCCAGCGGCUACUACCAUGGCGGCUCGGGAGGCCAUCUGGAGCACAGUACUCCGCCGUCGAACAACAGCCGGCUGCACUCACCAUCGAGCCCCUCGCAUCCGGGCCGCAAGCUCCUCUAUGCCACACGCGGCAUGCGGGGCGGCAGCGUCGAUUUGCCCGAUGAAAUGGAGAAGUCGCAAUCCUCGGCCAGCACAUCGCCUUGCCUAUCACCAAAAUCGCAUCGUUUGCUGCCCACCAAUUUGUACGUCAUUCUCUACAACUUUAAGGCGAGGCAUGCCGAUGAACUGGACCUCAAGGCCGGCUAUAAGGUGACAGUCAUCGAUACCUCCGAUCCGGACUGGUGGAAGGGCAAGGUGCUGGGACGCGUUGGCUUCUUUCCAUCCAAGUACUGUGUACGCCUCAAUGCCAACGAGAAGCCGCUGCAGGUGACCCACAAUCUCCAAGUUUCCGACGGAGAACGUGGCGAGAAUAUGACGCUGCUCAGAGACCAAAUUGUCAUACAGACUGGCGAUGAAGUAAAUGGUAUGGUAAUGGUGCGUUCGGCGGACAAUCGUCAGGGCUAUUGUCCCAUCAAGUAUCUGCAGGAGGUGUGACAGCCAGAAGAGGAAGAGCCGCCUGCUAAAUCAUCAAUGCAAACGUCGCGAGGAGCAGGCGACAAGACCAAGCGUAGAAUUAGAAUUGUAGUUACUGAUAAUAACAAUUUAGCUAGUUGCAGCUCCAUACCCAUUGGCCACACCCAAGCCCACACCCAUAGCCAACCCCAAUCCCAAUCACAGUCACAGUCACAGUCACAAUCGCCCAGCCAUGAGACGAAGCACCUAAAUAUCGAGUAUAGCGAUGCCGAUGGUGGUCUCAUUUGGGACAAGGACAGGGAUGUGCUCAUACUAUCUGGCCGCAACAAGAACGACAAGAACUGGGAGAACUGGGAGCGCAUACGCGAACAGAAGCUGGAGAAGAUGAAGAACAUCUGCUUCGAGAGCUAUCGCCAGUCGAAGCGCGAUAAGCUGCUGCUGGCCAAGCCAAAGCCGAAGCAGCUUGACUCUACCUGGUAUACGGAUAACAUUUACUCGAAUCGCUCCGACGAUCUGGACGAGGAUUAUGUGCCCGAUUGCCUCAAGUAUGGCAGCUACAGCAAUCGCAUCUUGCGUGACAUACGCGAACAGGAUGAGAAAUACGCCGAUGAUGCACUGCCCAUGCGGGAACGCCGUGGCGAGGGCGAAGGCUCGCCCGGCUACGGGCUGCACCGCUCGAAGAGCUGCAAGGAGUUCCAGUACCCAAAGUCGCAGAGCUGCUGCUUCGAGAGCAAUGUGUUUGAGGCGGGCGGACCGGGCGUAGCGACCACCACAUCCAUACUAAAGAAUCGCGCCGGUGUACCCAAGUCCUAUUCGUUCAGUGCCUCGACCAAGACAAUGCCCUUCGAUAUAAUCGACUACGAGCUGCCGCCCGCCUCGAAUACACGCCGGGAGAAACGGGAGGCGUACAGGCGCAGCAUGAAUAUGCUGUAUAGUAACAGCUUGGAUGAGCGCACCCUGGCGCACACCUGCUGUGCCAGGGAGCAAUGCACCAGCGCCAAGUGCCUGCUGGAUGAUAUAUAUGCGGGAUCGAGGCGGCGGCUGGACAUGUAUGGUGUCGGCGCCGGUGCCGUUGCCGAUGCCAGCGCUGGCAGCAACAGGAAUCUGAAUCGUAGUUGGCUCUUUGAGGCAGAGCGUGCGGAGUCCGAUCAUAGACUGGGACGCGGCCAGCGUUUGGCCAGCAGAGCACCGCCAACGGUGAUCUGCUGCUGUGCGACAGAUGACUAUUGCUGCCAUCGCCAGCAGCCGCAGCAUACGGCAUCGAGGCGGACCCAAUGUCCCGGUCAUCAUCCGGCCGCCGAGGAGGAGGAGCACAUGCAUUGCCGCUACGAUACCGACUUGGAGCAGUUUAUACGCGCCGAACGUGAACGCCUGCAGCUGCAGGACAAAUUCCUGGACGAGGAUGAACGGUAUCUGGCGCAGGGACACAUGCCCAGUCCAGGCCAUCGACGCUAUCAGGCUCAAUAUCAGCGACCGACGCGCAGCAAGUCCCUGUUGGAGGUGCAGCCACCGAACAUGUUCGAUGAGGACAGCUGCAGCGAUACGACAGAGAUCGAUCUGCAGGAUUUCAAUAUCGAUCUGGAGAAGUACUGGGAGCAGCUGGACAAACCGCCCAGUCCCAUCAACAUGGACAUGCGCCGCAACAUGCACAGCAAUCUGAAGGUGAAGAACGUCAACGUGCGCUGCUAUAACAAUGGACAGCCCAUCGAUAUGCAUGAUCGGGAGCACGAGCGGAUCAUGAUCAAGAAAUCGCUGCUGGAGGGCAUGCCGUCGCCGCCGCAGCUCGAUUCGAACGGCUCGUCUAACAAUGCGGCUGGGUAUCCUUUUUUUGAGAACACUGCUGGUCCGCUGCACCACCAACAACAUCAUCACCAGCAACAACAACAACAACAGCAACAACAGCAACAUCAUCAGCAUCAGCAGCGACAUCUUGGCAGUGCAGCGCCACCAUUGCCAGCCUAUGGCUAUGGGCAUAAGGUUUAUCCGACCGUGGAUACACUGCCCUCAUAUCAGUACAACAACUUUUAUCCGGAGCACACGACGCUGGGCAGUGUGCUGACCCAACAGCCAACUGCGGGCAUUCAUCAUGCCUCAGCUGGAGGCCAUUCGGCGCUGAGUCUCAUCAACAACAUCUUCUCCAUCUACAAGCCCAACAAAUACUCGCCGGAGAACUGUCAGCUGAACUAUGAGAGCAAGCCGGAGCCCUGCAAGAAAAUGAAUGUGCCCAGCACACGGAGACCACUCGGAGCGGCUGUGUCCAGUAAUGUGGGUCAUGGACACGAGUAUCUCCACUCAUCGAUGAAGCGACCAUUGAUGGUUAGCGCCGAUCAGCCGCACUUUAAGAUCAUACCCGAGAAGACGGGACUGAAGAUAUCGCCGCUGCUCACCUACAAUGAGUAUGGUGGCGAUGGUGUUGACAAGUCGCACCAGAACCACCAUCACAGACUGAGCAGCACGGCGCGACCGUUGAUGCUUCCGCACUGAUGGUGCUGGACCUUUCCGUGGUAUGGUAAUGGUAAUGGUAAUUAUUGUUAGUUAGUAUUAUGCUCAACAAUAGCGACUGCCGAGAGACACAGCAGCUAACAGCAAUCCAAAAGACUCGCUCGAAUAGCAAACAAAAACAAUUCCAACAAAAAAUAUGAACAAAUCCCAAAUAAAACGCACAAAUUUGGCCCGAUAGAGUCCAAUUUUUGACUGGGGCUCGAAAUAAUGUUGUAGUGGAGAAUUCAACAUUCAUCGUCUUCGCUUCUUCCUUCACCAACCACUCCCAUCUAGUCGAAGGGAAAGAGCAUUGAAGCCACUUUUUAAUGUUUGUCUGACACAAUUUCACAAGCGACAACCACAAGAACAACAAGAACAAGAAC